AUGGCUGAGAAAAUUGUUAGCAUAAAUAAUUCUACCAUAAACGAAAACGAGGAAGAAAUAGAAUUGAAAAAAAAAAUAACACUUAAAUUAGAAGAUGUUUCACAUUUUAUUCAAAAAGAUCUCGUAAUUGAUUUAAUAAACUCUAAAUCAUUUGGAAUGUUCAAGAGGUUUAAUAUUUCUACAAAGUUUUUGACUAUUGAUCCGGCUCAUUGGCAUAACCAAGAUGACAAUAAAAUUGGAAAAGAAAUUAUAAAAUCAUUAAAAAUCGUAAAUGACACAGCUGAGAGAGGAGUCAAGCUAAUGGAAGAAUACAAUCACAAAUUUACAAAAAACGAAGAACAAAAACAAUUCGUAUUGCAGACUGUUCAAGACUCAAAGUAAUAUCCACAAAGUGAUAGAAAAACGCUCAAGAAACCAUUUUAG